UGCCAGGAUGUUAUUCAAAUUACUAUUCAAUACUUUUCGUGUUUAGUGUUUGUUGUUUUUUUUUUCAAUAACUUAAUUUUAUGGUUAAUUAAUGUAGAACAAAAGUUAUUCAAAUGAUGUAUUUGAAUUAGCUAUGCAUUUACUUUUAUUAAAUUUUAAAAAUGAAAAGCUUUUAAAGGAAAAAAAGCAAUUAUGCAAGGCAGUUUAUCUUUAAAAUCUUUUUUAAUAUAUGGAUUAAUUUUAUGCUUUACGAUAUCUUUAAUCUUUGGAAUAUUUUCCUUCACUACAGAAUGUAACUGUGAUAAUACUCAAACGUAUAUUACAAAUGAUAAUAAUAAUAAUGAAAGAAUGAAAUCUGCGGCACUUCCUCAAGCUUAUAAUAGUAAAUCAAAAAAACUAUCAAGUGCCUCAGACUUUUCAUUGUCAUCCUCAAAUAUAAAAAAGAAUGUAAAUAAUAAAUAUAAACUAGCUAUAUUAGUGCCAUUUCGUGACAGAUUUGAAGAACUAUUGCAAUUUGUUCCACAUAUGACAAAAUUUUUAAAGAAGCAAUCAAUACAACACCAUAUUUUUAUAUUAAAUCAAAUAGAUCGUUUACGUUUUAAUCGUGCUUCUUUGAUAAAUAUUGGUUUUUUAUAUACAAAAUAUGAGUAUGAUUAUAUUGCCAUGCAUGAUGUUGAUUUAUUACCAUUAAAUGACAAUUUACUUUACGAAUACCCCGAACACGGACCAUUGCAUAUUGCCUCACCAGAUUUUCAUCCAAAGUAUCACUAUCCAAAUUUCGUAGGUGGAAUUUUAUUAAUUAAAAAGGAACAUUUUGAAUUGUUAAAUGGAAUGUCAAAUAAAUAUUGGGGUUGGGGUUUAGAAGAUGAUGAAUUUUUUGUGAGAAUAAAAAAUGCUGGUUUAAUUGUUACAAGACCUAAAAAUAUUACAACUGGACCAAAUAAUACAUUCAACCACAUUCAUGAUCGUAAUCAUCGUAAACGAGAUACUGAAAAAUGUUUUAAUCAAAGAGAAAUUACAAGAAGAAGAGAUCGUGAAACUGGAUUAAAUACAACGAAAUAUCAAAUUGAAAAUAUUCAGAAUUUAACUAUUGAUGAAGCACCAUUAACUGUUUUAAGUAUAAAAUUAAGUUGUGACCGAAACAUUACACCAUGGUGUGAUUGUAGUGGAAAUAAAGAGUAGAACAAUUUACUAAUUUU